AUGGCGAGUGAUAAUACCACCGUGGAUGGUGGACGCAUUGCUGUUACCAUCAAAGAGGCUUUUCUCUUCUAUUCCUAUGAAAACCCGCAGAUAGCAUCCCUUGAGUGUCUGGUGUGUAAAAUACACUUAAUAAACUGUUGUCUUGAGUGCCGUGUUAAGGAUAAAAGUCUGCAGGAGUGUCCGGCGGUGAAGGGGGCGUGCGGUCAUGUUUUUCACGAUCACUGCAUUCAAAGUUGGUGUCGACAGCGGCGUGAGUGCCCGGCAUGUUUUAAUAAAUGGGUCCCGGAAACGUUUAUACAACGCUCAUAA